ACAGCUUGUUAAGAUUUGUCAACAGGCAGUGGAGAGACACAUUUUAUUAGAUAUUUUAACAUGAAGGUUUAUUUAGUUAAUGACCUGUUUAUCUGUCAUCAGACAGAUUUUCUAACUUUCUACCCUCAGAGUAAUUUACACAGAAGCUGAAUCCUGGAGGUAAAGACUGAGUCUCCUCAUGUCUGAAUCACUUGAGUGAAUUUUAUUCUGGUUAAUGGACGUCCCCAUCAGAGGAUGCGAGAGUAGUGAGUUCCCUUUUUUACAGGAAAUUGACUGCACCUGUUGUGUAACAGUGAUCCAGCAUGAAGAGGAUCAGGACCUGAAACUGAAGCAGCUUUAACACCACCAUUCAUUUCACCUAACUUCAGAGAGGAGGAAUGAAUCUCAGUCUGUAGUUCAGGCUUUAGUACAGUCUGUUAGUCUGUAGUUCAGUCUUUAAGGCUGUAGUUCAGUCUUUAAGGCUGUAGUUCAGUCUGUCAGUCUGUAGUUCAGACUGUAGUUCAGUCUUUAAGGCUGUAGUUCAGUCUGUCAGUCUGUAGUUCAGUCUGUUAGUCUGUAGUUCAGUCUUUAAGGCUGUAGUUCAGUCUGUCAGUCUGUAGUUCAGUCUGUUAGUCUGUAGUUCAGACUGUAGUUCAGUCUGUCAGUCUGUAGUUCAGUCUGUCAGGCUGUAGUUCAGUCUGUUAAUCUAUAGUUCAGUCUGUCAGUCUGUAGUUCAGUCUGUCAGGCUGUAGUUCAGUCUGUAGUUCAGGCUGUAAAUAUGUUUGACAGGCUGGUUCGACUAAGCGCUGUGAGAUAGUCCUCCCUCCAUCUUGUUUGUUCUCCACACAGAGACAAAGACAGUGGUCAGUUUAAAGAGUGGAGCAUGUGAUGGUCAUCAGGUGACUGAGGUUGUGUUUCAGUCUUACUGUAUGUCAUUGUGUGAGCCCUGUGUUAGCCCAGUGUUAGCUGCAGGCUGUUCAGAUGCUAAUCCACAUUCCAAGGCAACAGACAGAGAACUACUGACUGAAUAUCUGUCUGAAGUUUAGAGAAAACACUCUGUGUGAGCUACAGACGGCUCUCUGUAAAAAGCUGGACUGAGCUCUGAGACUCCCACAGGCUGAAAGGAUGAUGUAGCUGCUCCACCUUCCCCCUGUUCUGAGUAUCGGGCCUCCAUGUGGUGGGAGUCACAGAACAGGGAGAGGCUGUACAGGCCUGUACAGACCUGUCCAUGAAUGCAGGGAGAAAAUAUUCAGACAAUCGUCUUCCUCAGCUUUUCUUCCACAGGGAACAUAACAACAGGAGCCUCCUUUUGUACAGAAUCAGAGUUGAUUCUGUACAAAAGCAAACACUCAGCUCAGAUCAGCCUCCUCAGAAAAACAUGGAAGCUCCAUUAUUAUGUAAUAAUAUGUCAACAGACGGACGGUUUCAUUAUAACUGUGUUGUAAGUCUGACUUUUCUGCUCACAUUAAAAAAAGAAGCUAAAAUAUCAGUCUGUUGUUCUCUCGGUCUGUUAGAGUGAGUGAAGACCAGGUUCUGGUCUCAGACUCCUGAAGAAACCUUCACUGCAGUUUCUGAAACCUGAAUAUAAAUCAGAGACACAGGGACACCUCAGUCACAGGUUCAGACACACCUGAAUCAGAAAUUUAAAAUCUGUAGUCACUGUCACUGACUGACUGUCAGAAACCUGGACCAUCAGGGACCAGGACCAUCAGAAACCAGGGCCAUCAGAAACCUGGACCAUCAGGAACCAGGACCAGGAUCAGGAUUAGACUAAACUGGUGAAUGAGGAGUGAAGUCCUCAGUCUGACUCUGAGGACUUUUGUUGACUCAGUCCUCAUCUCUGCUGUAAACACUCACAUAAACAAAAUAACAGACUCUGGACUGAAGGUUCAAACUCUGUCUCUGAAUCAACAGGCCUGAAACACAGAUCAACACAGAUCCAAACUUAACAUUUUAAAUUCAUCAUUAUGUUUUAAUGAUCACAUCUGACCCCAUCUACCAUUACCAAGCUUAUGAAUGUCUAACAAGUAUCUUAAAUACAACACAUCUGUAGAAAAGCCAACCUACUGGAAGCUAUUUUAAAACAAAUCUGACUGAUGUAAAUGUACACAGUAUCCACUACAGUUUUUCUAUGAUAAUUUAAUUUAUGUUUGAUUAACUGCAGCUGCACCACAUCAACACAAAACUCAACUAAAUGGAGUCAUGAAAUAUUUUUUAAACACUUUAUUUGAAAUGAAAAUACAAUAAAUUCAGAGAUUUCUUAAUAAAUGGCCUGAUCUCAGGCACACCUUGUUAUUGCUGAAUAAAUUCUACUGAAUCAAACUGACAGUGAUCAGUCAGAGUCAGAUCACCUCAGUCAGAGUUAGUGUCUGAGACAUGGAGACAGCUGAACAGUGUUUCCUCUGUAAAGACGUCACGAUGAUUCAGUUGAGUCAGUUUCAGCCUCUGUGAAGAGGAAACGUCAGAAAGGAACAGAGGAUGGAUCUGAUCUGAACGUUCACUGCUCUGCUCUGAAAAAUAACUGAGAUGAUGGGUUCUAACCUGAGAGCAUCAGAUCUGACUCAGACUGUCCGGAAACCUCACGCCUCAUUACAGGAAAAUAAUUUAUUCAGACAGAUCAGAGAUAGAGCCGAGGCCAAGGAGCAGCAGCUGUGACUGAACAGACAUAAACUAAACGUUAUCUGAACUCUUCAGGAACAACCAUAUCAUUCACAGUCCAUAUCUAACCUUGCACAGCAUCAGUGAUGGUACAGAGCAGAGAGUACUCAGAGGGAAAUGAUCAAGACGUCUCCUCUGACUCUUCUCUCUGCUCAGCCGCUCACUGAUUUCAGUUUAAACAUGUAACAGGAGAGAAAGGAAAGGCUUCCUCAUAAUAACAGAGUCAACAGCUCACUGUGUGUCUGUAUGAAAAGCUUCAUUCAGCAGUUAUAAAGACUGUGACACAAACAUGGAGGAAACAAAGCACAGUGAGGUUGGUUUUCCUGUUGUACUACGAUGUGAAUCUGUGCUGUUAUAAAACAAAGUUAAAACACACUGAACUGCUGCUUUUAUUAAUUCUCUGCACAGUUUAAUGUGUUAUAAAGUCUGUGAAGAAAUCCUAGUUGUAAUCAUCCAGACAGAGAAACUGUCUUCAUGUAUAAUAUCUGUUUAAUAAAUGCUCAGUUACACCGGUCUCUAUAGAGUUUUAUGACUGAUGUUGACUGAGAUUAAAUAUUAUUUCAGUCAUAUCUCACUCUCUCUUGUUAAAACAGGAAAUACAUGUUUCUGAAUUUUUUUUCUGUUGUAAAAAAAAAAAAAAAGACAGCAGCUUUCAGAGGAGAACCUGCAUUAAUCUGGCAGGACCGAACCGUGUAUCUACAGCAGAAGCAGCCUGUUAUAUUCACAUUUCUCAGAGCAACUGACUCCAUGUUGUUGUGGAUAAACAGUGGAUAUGAGAGUUACUUCCUGCUCUGUUAGCCUCGCGACUCUGCUGUUUAUCUGCAGACGUUAACGAUGAAAUUAGACUUUUAACUGUCUGAAAACACCUGAAACCACUUCACCUGGACCAGACUGACCCGGAACCCGGUCCACACGGCCCUACUAACCCGGCUAACCUGGCCCGGGUCCAGUGUGUGACAGUAAACACGGGUGAAGAUGCCUCCUAUGAUGGAGAUAAUAACUGCAGAGCAGCUGAUGGAGUAUCUGGGAGACUACAUCCUGGAGACCAAGCCUAAAGAGAUAUCAGAGGCUCAGCGACUCAACUAUGAGCAGAACAUGAGUGAUGCCAUGGCCGUGCUGCACAAGCUGCAGACAGGUCUGGAUGUGAACGUGAAGUUCACCGGGGUACGGGUCUUUGAGUACACCCCAGAAUGCAUCGUGUUUGAUCUGCUGGACAUCCCCCUGUACCAUGGCUGGCUGGUCGACCCCCAGAUGCAUGACAUCGUCAAGGCCGUGGGCAACUGCAGCUACAACCAGCUGGUGGAGAAGAUCAUUUCCUGCAAACAGUCAGACAACAGCGAGCUGGCAGGAGAAGGAAUCGUAGCAGAGCAGUUUUUGAACAGCACAGCCACUCAGCUCACCUACCACGGUUUAUGUGAGCUCACAUCCACCGUCCAGGAGGGAGAGCUCUGUGUCUUCUUCAGGAACAACCACUUCAGCACCAUGAUCAAGUACAAGGGCCAGCUCUACCUUCUGGUGACAGACCAGGGUUUCCUGACCGAGGAGAAGGUUGUCUGGGAGAGUCUGCACAAUGUCGACGGAGACGGCAACUUCUGUGACUCAGAGUUCCGGUUGCGGCCUCCUUCGGAUCCAGAGACCGUGUACCGAGGCCAGCAGGAUCAGAUAGACCAGGACUACCUGAUGGCCUUGUCGCUGCAGCAGGAGCAGCAGAGUCAGGAGCUGCAGUGGGAGCAGCUCCCUGAGGGGAUCUCUGACCUAGAACUGGCCAAGAAGCUUCAGGAGGAGGAGGACCGACGAGCCUCCCAGUACUACCAGGAGCAGGAGCAGGAGCAGGCGGUGGCAGCAGCACAGCAGGGUCAACAGGAAGCUGCCAAUGGAGACGAAGCCGACAGAGGAGGUGCAGGAGCAGGUGGAGCAGCGGCUGCAGCUGGGACGGCGGCAGUCGGAGGCAUGCCCAGUCCAGGAAAACAGUCAUCGAGCGGGGAGCGCAAAGCCAAGAGGGAGGCGAAGGAUAAAGACAAAUGUGUGAUUUUGUAACAUACAGAGUGUGUGUGUGUGUGUGUGUGUGUGUGAGAGUGUGAGAGAGAGUGUGUGAGAGGAUGGGGACACAGCACCUGUUACUGGACUCACACCGCGGAGCCCCCCCGCAGGACUAACAGGGGGAGGACCCCACCCCCCUCCUGCUGCUCCCAAACCACUGGUGCCUGCUGUCGUCAGAGGACGGGACACGACCACGACCCCCCGGGCUCCACACAGUUAGUUACCUGCUGCAGCGCACCACCUGUGAUGAGGGUGGAGUUAAUCUGAGGAGGUUUUAUAGCAACAUAAUCUGAAGAAACUACACGUCGCUCAUUUCACUCAUCACUGCAGCUUAUAAGCUUUUUUCUACUCCUGGAUAUUUACACACAGUUUCUGUUUUAGUGCCGUUUUUUUACGUUAGCUGUCGAUGCCAAGUUUCACAUGUUAUUUAUGUAACGGGAGCGGUUUGUGUUGUUGUUGAGAGGGAUUUGUCCUGUUAGAGAUCAGUGUAAUGCACACCUGUUCCUGAGGAGCAGACAGAUACUGUAGCUUCAACACUCAUCACAGCUGGUUCAGAUUUUGCCUUAACAGCGAGCAGCAGUGUUGUACUCUGUCUGAACGUGUGUGUGUGUGUGUGUGUGUGUGUGUGUGUGUGUGUGUUCACUGAUGGAACAAAGUCUCUAAUUGGAAACAGACAAAUCUUUGAUGCUGUAUCAGUUUAAAUCUAACAUUUGUAAUGUUGUGAUUCUGAGCUGAGUGUGUGUGUGUGUGUGUGUGUGUGUGUGUGUCCUCUGUUCGGUCCUGGACGUUUCACAGGUUUUCUAAAGAAACAGAGUUCAGUCAUACACCUCUGAACCAGAUCAGCUCAGACCUCAGAUCUGAGGCAACAACAACUCCAGUUACAGGAGUUACAGUUACAGUUACAGUUACAGAUCCAGAUCCAGUGGGUCAAUCUCAGCUCCUCUGUCAGAUCCCGAACAGGCUGGAUCCAUGUGGAUCCUGGUGGAGAGUUGUGUCAGUGCAGGUUGAAGCGGAGCUGCUGAGGAUGAGCUGGAUCUUCACUCUGAACUCUGAAUCUCUGUCUUAUGACCUUUUUAAACUUCAUGUCACUGCAGACUCAUAAUGUACAUAUUUCCUCUGAUGGAUUGAGCUGGUGGUUUGUGCCAUUACUGAACCGUGGGACUGCCUCCUGACAGACUUUUCUAUCUAAACAUUCCAGUCGGAUGCCUUGUUUCAGACAGAGGAGGGUUGUAGCACAGAGACAGGUGUGAGGACAGGACGCUGACGUGGAAGCAGCAGGUGACGUCCUGCAUUCGGCUGUGUUUUGUAUAUAUCUGACGCCUUACGACAUUUCAGCGUAUUUUCUAGGUGAGAGGAAACAGGCGUGUGAGCAGAACGAGACAAUCCAUUCAUCUUUUUCACUCAGACAUCAGAAAUACUCUCAGGCCUUUUACUGAAGGGACGAAUCCUUGCGUGUCUUUUUCAAACAGGAAGCUUUGUAUCAACUCAGUCCCUCGGCCUGUCGUCACUUCCUCCUCACAGCUUUUAGUUUCCUGUGUGUUUAUACUCACAGCAGCCAUCUUAAACUCUGAAGGAUUUAACACUAGUUUAUUUAAAAACUUCACACUAACACUUUGACGUGACCUGCUCCUCCUGUGUUCACUACCUGAUGUAAAUAAAAACCCUUCAACAGGGUUGAGGAACAUGAAUGUCUCCUCAGCAGCUUUUUGUUUCCAUGCAGAUUAAAUAAAUAACCUGUGAUCAGAGCAGGAGGAGGAGCAGGAGGAGCAGGAGGAGGCUCUGUGGAAACGUCGUGCUGUUUGUUUCUGUGAGUUUCAGCUCAGUCACGUCUCGAGCUGAUGAAACAUUCCAAUGGACGUUUAAAGAAAAUGAAUCUGAUUGAUUGUGUGUUGGUGUUUGGAGCCUCAGUUUCUCUUCUUCAGCUCAUCACAUCUUUUAUUUGUGUUGUGUUUGACCCUCACUCCUACGAUGAACUGAUCAGAAGGAUUUCAUGUGUCGGUGUCUCUUGGUGGUUCUUGUGAUGUUGGGUAAAUGCUGUAAAGUUGUUGGUUGUUGAACAUUUAAUCUUUGUGAUUGGUUUGCACUGUUACAUUGAUAUGCACUAACAGAAGAGAUACAUACCUCAUUUUAUACAGAACAUUAAAUUGUGCUAUUGUUCUUUGGGAACCUUUUAAAAACUGAAUAAUGGCCAAAAGAAAAUCUCUCUGCUGGUGAAUCUGUUGGAAGGCGUGAAAGGGCUGAUUAACGAUUAAAGAUUAGAACUUGCUGCAAUCAUUCAGGUCAGUGGUUCACCUGCACCAGGACAGAGGCCUGAGGACCAGCUCACAGGUAGACCAGGUGGGAGGGGGGUCGCUCUGAUCUGGAUCCACUCUCAGAGCAUGGAAACACUGGUCUCCACUCAGUCCACAAAACAACGGUGUAGGUGCACCAGAGUUUAACCACACGACGUUCACAGGACUUUAACAUACAGGGAGGCGGGGGAGUGUUGUGGUCGAUGUAGCAGAAGGAAACGAGACACAGCUAAUCAACCUAAUGGGAGAAGACUUCUUUAGUACCAGAUUUCCAGCUCUGACUUUGUUCAGGACUGAGACGUCAGAGUGAAACUUUAUUAACAAACGACCCCGAGAACAUUUCUGUUGUUUCCACUGUUCAGAUCUUUAUGUUCAGAUCUUCAUGAUCAGAUCUCUUAACGUUCAGGUCUCACAGGACUCAGAGACAGGAAGGUGUUUGUGAAUACAGGAGGUUACUCAUCUGUGUUGAUUUCAAUGUUCAUCUAUUUACAUCAAUGACCAAAUAAUGUAUGUAGCCUUUCACAUUACAGUCACAUAUUGUAUAUGGUGAUAUAUAUAAAUAUAUAUAUAACUAAAUGCCUUAUAGACGAGGGACAUUCAACCUGAUUAGAAGUUACCAGGAUAAUAAAAGACUAAGAUCAAUA